AAAUCGUGAUGCAGGUUCUAGCCUAGUCAUAUUACCACAUCUUAAAUCUGAUACAGGUUCAAUAUGAUGUCGACUGUCUCCGCGGAAGUCUUGCUGAAAAAGAGCGAAUUGUAUGACCCAUUUUCUGUGCUUGUUGCUCGACUUCCUGCCCAUCAUGGCGACAACUUACUUGUGAUUAGGCGUGAACGUAGGCCUGCAGCAUUUGAUCCUGCUCAAACUAGAUUCGAGAACAACGCUCUUCUAUGGAAAACCUGCUUCCAUGUCAGCUUAGCUUGA